GAAAUACCAUCAUCUGUGCAUGCAUGGGAAAAAAGGACAGACCCCUUUGAAUCUGAUACUGAAAUACCAGCAACCAUUUUCCUUACCGUUGUGAUGUCUUCGUCGGUGUCAGUGUGAUGUCUAUAGCUUCUAACGUAUGCUUGAAGAAACAGUAAAGCACCCUGCACAAGGAAACUUGUGUUUGAAUUGAACCCCUCAUAUAUGAUCCCAAAGUGGCAACUUCUUUUGCUAUGUUAGAGUCUUCUACUUCUAACACUAAAAAGAGAAGGAUGGUGCUGCCCAAGUUCUAUCUGUGUUUCUGGCUUCUCCUUUCUUCCCUUGUGAUUCUCUUGAUGAACUAUCCAGUUAAAUGUGACGAUGAUGAAGAAGACAAUCUUUAUCAGGGUAUCAACAAGUAUCGAGCAUCAAUAAACUUGAAAGCUCUAACAAGGAAUGAUAAUGCAGAUUGCCUUGCUGAUAAAAUAGCUGAUCAAUUCAAGAAACAACCCUGCACAAAUACCACUGGUGCUAACACCGUACCUGGCACUGAGCCUCAGUUUUCCAACUAUCCAGACCUCUUAUCAAAGUGUCACUUGGCCAUUUCCAACACCAGGGGUGGAAAUAUAAUGCCUGUUUGUGUUCCUGGUCUGGUUCCAGGUCUUGUCCUAACUAAUUUCACAAAAUCUCUCUACUCAGAUAGUCUCAAUGACACAAAAUAUACAGGAAUUGGUAUUGGUUCAGAAGAUAAUUGGAUUGUUGUUGUCUUGACAACAAACACUCCUGCAGGAACCUUUUCUCCCUAUACUUCUAAUGGUGCCAAUUUGAUUUCCGGAUCUGGAUUGUUUUAUUGCUCAAUCAUCUUCUUAAUUGGUUACAUCUUCCUGUCAUGAAACAAAGAGGAUGGUCGUUCACAAUGCUUUAAGGUUGCAAUUUUGUUACCAAAAAAAUGUUUGUCAGGUUGAGCUCAUUGAAGACAACUGCUUUUUCUAGAUGGAAUGGACAUGCCCUUGUGUAAGUGUUGUUUUGGUAUUGUAAUUCUAUAGAAUGCUAGAGGCAAAUAUAAUGCCUGUCAUUAUUAUCAAUAAUAUAAUUUUUUAGAGCUUGGCAUC